AUGGUGGAUCAACUUUGGGUGUGGGUUUUAGAAAACAAUACCUUGGUUACGUGCGCACCGCUGCAAUGGGAUGCUAUGCUAACAGAAAAGACCGCUCCAGAGCAAGGUUCACAGCUGAGGAGAGCAACGGCCUCCGGCCCACUGCAUUCAAGCAUCAUGGAACUCGCGCGGUCUGCCCAAGAAAUGCGAAGACAAUAUCGCGGAUACAAGUCGGCCACCUUGGAUUUCAAGAAGAGACAGAACAAGACCUCCGGUUUGACUGAUGAUCGGAUGGACAUUCACCAGAGCAUUUUGAUGCAUUUGAAAAACCUCAAGCGGUUGCCCAUACGGUCUGUUCACGAUUUGGCGAGCCUUGUCGCCUCGUGUUGCGUUGAUGCAUUUGACCCGCACAAUGUUCCCGACGAAUGUUGGUAA